AACACCGAAGGCUUCUUUAGUUACUACUGCAAGGUGCUUGAACAAUUUUGUAAUUUUAGAACACAAUUUAUGCCUGCCACCUGUUAUAUAUGGCUUCGGAUAGACCGAUCCAUUGUACCAUAAAGAAUCCAGUACUUCUUAACAUCGCAGAUGCGAAGAAUGAAUUUCAUUCUGGCUGCAGAGUCAUCGAUAUUACCUUUCCAAAUGUCACAAACCCAGAGAGCACAACCAUUCUAUCUAUCUGUGACAGGGUAGGAGAAAUCCAUUUUAAGAACAAUUAUGUAGCCUACCUGACCGUUCGCAUCAAGCAGAAGCCAGCACCUCCAGAGCCUGGAAGUGACUCCUCUGGUACUCCGGAGAUAAAAUGGCGGACGUGUGUGCGGAGGAUGCGACUGAUGCCGAACCCCCACUGUGAGGCAGGGUCUCAGGACUACUUCUGUGUCUCGCAAAAACACUUUAAUUUCGACCUGAACCAGCUAACAGGCAUGCGUCUGAUUCUACAGCAACCCUCCCCUGUGUGGAAAGACUUCAGACUGGAGGAGAUCAAACUCUACCGCUCAUCAGAGUCAAAUCGACCACAGCCUUUACCGGCCUGGCUUAUUGAGGAGGCCUCCAACAGUUCCGGCAAGAAAAGGAUUGAGCACUUUGAUAGUUCUGUAAGCUAUGAGGAUGAGGCGGAUUUAGCUCCCCUACAAAAUGGGGGAAAUGUGGCGGGGAUAGGCAGUGUGGACGCCAUCUCUGCCAGUUUACAACAGCUGUGGGCACUGUCCGAGGGUGUUGCUUCCAAUCAGACCGACAGGGCUCUCGGCAGAUUUGAUGUGGAUGGAUGCUACGAAAUCAAUCUGCUUUCGUAUACAUGAGAAAGGACGGUCGUUGCAUGAUCAAAUCAUAUGUAGUGCGACUCCAAAUACAUUUCAGAAAGUCUACAGGUGUUUUUGAGCAUACUGUCAACAUUGAAUUGAAAACAUUUGAGUUAUUUGCAUCUGUGUGGUACUUCUGAAUGUCAGUGAGUUGAAUUUGAUCAGGUCAGACAAACAGACAAUUAGGAAAAAAAAGUACCAUAAUCAUGCAGUUUACCAUGUUAAUGAAGAUGGUUGUUACAUUUUAAAAACAAUUCUUAAGUCAGUUUACAUUUAUCUUUUUUGUUUUUAUUGAAACAAAUCAUUCAAGUUGAAGCUAUCAGUAGAAAAAAACUUGGGACAUGUACAAAAGAGAUAGUUUCCUGUCAUUAGGGUAAAUAUUGAAUGUGACAGUAAUUCCAUGUUACACUUCUCAGUAUUUCCAAUUAUCAGACCAAAUUAAAUUUCUAUACCUAAUAAUAAACUUGCUCAAUCUGAAAACUGUAAUUUUCAUCACUCUUCACUGUUUUUGGCAUUUGAGGAUGUUUAAUAGAAUUUUUUGCCAUCAAAAGAACGUUUUUUUCUCAUUUUGAAUAAUUUCAUGCUUUAGAAUGUGAAACUCAUUUGUUAAAUGUUUUAUUUAAAAAAAUUGAGAAUACUUAAUACUUGGUGAAACAAUAACUUUUGAUUUGUUAUGUGUUUUGAGUUAUCAAUCUAUAAAUUUUGUUGUUUGAGAGAAAACCAUGUAUUUUUGUAUGUUCUCAGAUUCUAAACAUGGAUUUUUUUCCAUUGAGAGAUUGAGGAUAUUUUUGUAUGAAUACAUCAAUGAUAUACUUAACUACACUCAAACCCCUUUAUACUGCCGUCGUUUGUCUACCACAUGUGUGUUUUACAGUGGCACUAUAUAGAGAAACAAAUAAGACCUUAGAAAAUGUUAGCAGUAACGGCAAGCGAGUUUGGAAAUAUAACAAGGCUGUUAUACAUUGGCCUUUUUUUUCGAUUAAUGCAUGGCAUGUAAACAUCUUCGAUAUGAAUCUAUAAUAUAUGACAGGUAUGGUAUUAUGAAUGUGAAAGUGAUUAAGAAAGAGUGGAUUGAAAGUGUUUUCAUUGUAUUUAUUUUUGCUAUUUCUUACAAAUAAAUGAUUAUUUA